ACUGCUGCACUCUUUUCCCCGCAUCGAGAAACAUUCCUCCGUCCUUUGCGUGGACCUAUUUUUUUUUUUCUAUCGAUUUGUCCUCUGCGUGGAAAUGUUUUUGCGUGGGAGGUCCCCUACGCUAUGACCUCCCCGCCACCGGGAUUGACUUUCGAUCGAGUGUUGUUGUUUUUUUUCUCCUCUCCUUCCUGGUGCCAAACCUCAAAAAUCCCACGCUGAGGAUCGUGGAUUUUUUUUGGUUUUGGUGUCUUUUGAUGCUUUGACGUGAUCCCGGCCCGCAGAGACCACCAGAGACCAGCAGAGACCACAAGUGGGUCGGCCUCACAAUGGGGUCGUCCAAGAGUAAGCCCAAGGAGGCGGGCCUGCGCACCGUCAGCCUCGACGGCCCGGUCUCCGGGGGAGGCAGCCAGUACGUCGGCUCCGCCCACCCGGCCUUGACCCCCAAUCGCAGCAACACCGUGGAGGGCGGUGUGGGCGGCAACCAGUACUCCAGCAACAACGCCGAGCUGCCCCUGUUUGGAGGCGUGGACAACAGCAGCCUCAGCAACUCCUCCAGCAGGAUGACCUUCUCUGGAGGUGUGAUGACCUUCGUGGCGUUGUAUGACUACGAGUCGCGGACCGCCUCCGAUCUCUCCUUCAGAAAGGGAGAACGCCUCCAGAUCGUCAACAACAUAGAGGGCGACUGGUGGCUGGCGCGCUCCUUGACCACCGGAGAGAGCGGAUAUAUUCCCAGCAACUACGUGGCUCCGUCUGAUUCCAUCCAAGCUGAAGAUCAUCUCAGACUGACUGCAGAUUCCAGGUGGUUCUUUGGCAAGAUCACGCGUCGCGACUCCGAGAGGCUUCUGCUGAAUUUGGAGAACAGAAGGGGAACGUUCCUGGUGAGGGAGAGCGAGACCACCAAAGGUGCCUACUGUCUCUCCGUGCUGGACUACGACAACACCAAGGGACUCAACGUGAAACACUACAAGAUCCGCAAGCUGGACAGCGGCGGCUUCUACAUCACGUCGCGCACGCAGUUCAGCACCCUGCAGCAGCUCGUCAGUCACUACCGCAAGCACGCGGACGGACUGUGCCACAGUCUUUCAGACAUCUGCCCGGUGCUGAAGCCUCAGACUCAGGGCCUGGCCAAAGAUGCCUGGGAGAUUCCCAGAGAGUCUCUCCGUCUGGACCUCAAACUUGGACAAGGCUGCUUCGGGGAGGUUUGGAUGGGAACGUGGAACGGUACGACUCGAGUGGCCAUCAAGACCCUGAAACCCGGCACCAUGUCCCCGGAGGCCUUCUUGCAGGAGGCCCAGGUCAUGAAGAAGCUGAGGCACGAGAAGCUGGUGCAGCUUUACGCCGUGGUGUCUGAGGAGCCCAUCUACAUCGUCACAGAGUACAUGGGAAAAGGCAGCUUACUGGACCUCCUGAAAGGGGACAUGGGUAAGAUGCUCCGCCUCCCUCAGCUGGUGGACAUGGCGUCACAGAUCGCCGCCGGCAUGGAGUACGUGGAGAGGAUGAACUACGUGCACAGAGACCUGAGGGCUGCCAACAUCCUGGUAGGAGAGAACCUGGAGUGCAAGGUGGCCGAUUUUGGCCUGGCUCGCCUCAUCGAGGACAACGAGUACACGGCCAGACAAGGAGCCAAGUUCCCCAUCAAGUGGACGGCGCCUGAGGCCGCUCACUUCGGACGCUUCACCAUCAAAUCUGACGUGUGGUCAUUCGGGAUCCUGCUGACGGAGCUGGCCACCAAAGGAAGAGUUCCUUAUCCAGGCAUGGUGAACCGCGAGGUCCUGGACCAGGUGGAGCGCGGCUACAGGAUGCCGUGCCCGGCCGAGUGCCCGCCGUCUCUGCACGAGCUGAUGCAGACCUGCUGGAAGAGGGAGGCCGAGGAGCGGCCCACCUUCGAGUACCUGCACUGCUUCCUGGAGGACUACUUCACCUCCACCGAGCCUCAGUACCAGCCGGGGGAGAACCUGUAACCUUCCGGUACAAUCAAGUCGUCUUUUUUUUCCCCAAAGCCAACGGAGAGCGCGAGGUUUCUAGGUCGAGUCCGGCGCCCUCUUGUGGACACUUGUGAGACAACUGCCGAAAAGCGACGCCUCAAAACUGUGGGAACCUGGCUUGUCUUCCAUUUCGUUUCUUCCGGGACCCUCCAGCGGAACGUCCACUCACCGCCCGACCACAAUCUACCGGGUGUGUUCACUUUACUCAUUUCUUCGUGCUUACGUUCUGGUACAUCUCUUUGGUACGUCUUCCGGAAAUAGUGACAAAACCGACUUUUCCAAACGGUAGAGAGCAGAAUUUAACCGCAUUGUGCCAAUGAAAUUCUCUCCCUGGCCUUGCCACUGUGCGAAAGGUACUCGUAAACCGUGCCCAUUUGAAGCAUUUAAAUCUAAACUAAGCUGAUCGUCAUCAAUGUCUCCUAAAUUGUGUAUUUUUAGACCAGAUUUUUACAUUUUGUGUGCAUUUUGCAGCACAGCAAUACACUGGAAUGAAUGAGCCUCUCAUUGAUGUAAUGCCUCACGUCAGCCUGCAGGGGGGCGCUGCAGGAAGCCCUCCAAAAACAUGCAUCCACAUCUUGAAAGAAAUGCAAUUGUAAAUAUACUCAAUGUUUAUAUUUUGUACAUAUGUUAUCUUUAUAAUUUAUUUCUUUAAAAA